UUUUUUUUUACUUUUUAAAGAAUUAUCGUAGAAAUUUUUAUUUCUUUAGCUUUCUCUUCGUAUCAACAUGGUUUGUGUGCCUUGUUUUAUUAUACCAGUACUGUUGUACAUAUGGCAUAGAUUCUUUCAACCCAUUUUGUUACGAUACUGGAAUCCAUGGGAAAAGAAAGAUGCCGAUGGUAACAUAAUAAAGGCAGCGCCGGAAUUUCCAUUUCAAUGCAAGGGCGGAAUUUGUGCUUAUUCGGGUGCUAAAAAACCACAAACAGAACAAGUUGCAAAUUCUAAAAAAUCCAAGGAAGAAGGAAGCAUGUAACUGCAUUCUGCCGCAGUGAACAAAGAAAUAUAGUCGAGGGUUAUUGAAAAUAACACUUUCCAUUUAGUAUACAAUAUCGCACAGCGGUUAUAAAUUAAGCAUUUUGGAAUUCUUAUGUGAGUUUAAGGGGCGACUAUGGAUCGAUGAGAACGGUGAUUUAGAUGUACACAAUAAUAAUUUUAACAAAUUUUUAAACGUAGUAAAUUGUUUUAAUUUUACGUAAAAUUAAUUUAAAAUUAAUUUCAAUGUUAGAAUCAUCACUAUUUACGUGCGUGCGUAUUAUACACACGCAAUUAUAUAUAUACUUAUAUGUAUAUAAACUGAAAGCUUAAUACAGAUGCAUUCAUGAAAUUCUUUUAAUCUAUGUCCUAAGAUAUUGAUACCAAUAUUCAAAUUAAAAGGUUGUCACUAUAUUAUUUGAUUCGCAUAGAGGUAUUACGACAGUUUCGAAAUACAAUAAUAAAAUGAAUAAGUCGAAAUCUAACAAUUGGAAAGCAAGAUCUUGGAAAUGAUUUCGAUUUUCGUUGCAAAAGAAAGUAGGAUUUUCGCAAAUUUUAUUAAGGAAAGAAUCGUAAUACCGUCUAAAAUUAUUCAUGGUAAGAUAAUUCUCUUUACAAUUUCGAAUUGCAAAGCAUUUCCUAUUGUUGUUAUCUUCACAGCAUGGAUAAAAGAUGAGGAUAUAUUAAUAUUGGGGUUCGCUUUAGAACUUCAAAGAAUGCAAUCUAUGAACAUGCUUGAGAUAUCGAGAGCUAAUUGUAUUCGCAUAUUAUGUAAGUGAGUAGAGUUCCUGAAAAUGAACGGAAAUAAUGUUUCACGAAUAUGACGCAGAUCAUGUUUAUAAAUUGUCUAAUAUACUGGAAGGAUUUUCAAAAAAAAUACAAAAUUAA